AUGGCACAAAACAGACAACUCUCUCUUCUAGUUCUUCUUUUGCUUGUUUUCUUCCUACAAAUUCAGUUCAAUGUAGGAAGACAUUUGUUAUUGGACCAGAAGGAAACAGGGACUAAUGUCGACAAAGCAGCGGUUGGCAACACGCAUUCUCCGCCUUCACCACCAACACCAGUAGGAGGAACCCAAACCCCGCCACCCAAAAAUGAAAACGAUUUCAGGCCUACUGCUCCUGGUCACAGUCCAGGAGCAGGCCAUUCCCUUCAAAACUAG